AAAACAAUCCCCCUCUGGUUUGUUUUAGCGCAUAAAUCCGCAAUAACCAACUCUGAGUGUCGACUGGCUACAGCUGGCUAUUUAAAGAAGAAGAAAACCAGACUAUAAAUCGGUUGUAUUCACACAAAGUCACCACUUCCUCCUGGCUGCUUAACUUUUUGUUUUGUGGUUCAUUGGGAGAAAAUUACAUCCAAGUACCCUAACAGUAGCGUCGGUGCAGCUGUCCGGUCACAUGUCGUGCACACUGGUUGGUGUCUCUGGAGCCCGGGUCCCUCUGGAGGACGGACGAGCUGUGGUUCUGGGCCGGGGUCCGGACACCGGGGUCGCCGACAAGAAAUGCUCCAGGCACCAGGUGAAGUUGGUGGCUUGCUAUGCAGACCAGACUGUGGUUGUUACUCAGCUCGGUGCAAAUCCCAGUUUCCUGGAUGGUGACAAGCUGGGAAGGGGACAGUCUGGGAAAAUCACCCACGGAGGCACUCUGUACCUGGUCAACCAGGACCACCCGUUUACAGUGAAGUUUUCUCUGAGCUCUAACGGAACAGCCUCCAGCUCUGCACAGAGAGGGCUGAAAGCCACAGACAAAACAAAGGGAGGGAGUAACGGCAAAGAAAAAGAGGAACAGCUGAGUCCGACACCCAAGCGCAGCAUAAAGGAUUUCUUUCCUACUUCCCCCAUGAAGUCAUCUAAAAGGCGACGGGGCCCAGAGAAAGGUCCGUCUGAGGAGAAACGUCGAAAAAGAGACGAGGAAGCUACAGACAGAGAGAUGAAGGAAACAGAAGAGGACGAAGAGGAGAGAUUGGCUGAGGAAAAGCUCAAACAUCUGCAGGAGUUGGCUGAAAAAUCUGUGACAGAGGAAAGCAAGAGCACUGGAUCUGCAUCGUCUGCAAAGGCGUGUCUGAAGAGCAGCUGGCAGCAGACAGGGAACCUGAUGCUUUAUACUGCAGCUGGUGUCAAAGGGAGUGAUAAGAUUGCUGGGUUUGACAUUGACGGCUGUAUUAUCACCACCAAGUCCGGCAAAGUCUUUCCCACCGCUCCGGAUGACUGGAAGAUCCUCUACCCUGAGAUUCAGCCCAAACUGGCCGGCUUGCUCAAAAACGGAUACAAGGUGGUGUUCUUCACCAACCAGAUGGGCAUCGCUAAAGGUAAACUGAGACCAGAAGUGUUCAAGUCUAAAGUGGAGGACAUCCUCACCACGCUGCAGCUGCCUGUGCAGGUGUUUGUAGCGACUGGUCCGGGUAUAUACCGAAAACCAGUGAUGGGAAUGUGGAAUCACCUGUGUGAGAAGGCCAACGAUGGUGUGACUGUUGACAAGACUCAGAGUGUUUUUGUAGGAGAUGCUGCAGGAAGACCAGAGAACUGGGCUCCUGGGAAGAAGAAGAAGGAUUUCUCCUGCAGCGAUCGACUGUUUGCCUUGAACAUUGGGCUGCAGUUCCACACCCCAGAGGAGUAUUUUUUAGGCUGGAAGAGCGCCCCCUACAACUUGCCUGAAUUCGACCCUAGGAAGAUCGACUCCACUGCCAGGCUGUACGAUCCACCGUCCGCCUCUCUCACCUCCAGCAAGACGGAAGUCAUUGUUGCCGUGGGUUUCCCUGCAUCUGGUAAAUCUACUUUCUUCCACACCCACAUUGUUCCAAAGGGCUACGUCUACGUCAACAGGGACACUCUUGGUUCGUGGCAGAACUGCGUGUUGGCAUGCCAGCGUGCUCUGAAGGAGGGCCGCAGCGUCGCCAUAGACAACACCAACCCAGACCAGGAGUCUCGCAAACGAUAUGUGGACGUGGCGAAGGCAGCAGGAGUAACCUGCCGGUGCUUCCACUUCUCCGCCUCCAUGGAGCAGGCCAAACACAACAACAGAUUCCGUGAGAUGGUCCCAUCAGACACCAAACAUGCCAAGGUCAAUGACAUGGUUUUCUACGGCUACAGGAAAAACUUUGUGGCUCCUGCUCUCUCUGAAGGAUUCUCUGAGAUCCUCCAAAUCCACUUUGUUCCCAACUUCAAAGACAGCCAAUCAGAAACCUUGUUCAGGCAGUUUUCUGAGGGCUGACUGGAAACCUUUUGCUUUUUUUUUUGGCUAAGGAACAACACCGGUGACCUCCAGACCAAGUCAGCAGAUGCCAACAUGUUUUUUUGUUGUUGUUUGUUGUUUCAGCUGACACACUGUCUGCUGUAUUGGUUGAACUCUGUGUACCAUGGCUUUUUGGCAAACAGUAUGACUCAUUUCCUGUUCCUUCACAGCCUUGGCAGUUACAGUAACUAGACUUUCAACACACAAUUAGGUCCUUUAUUCAAACAGUUUUGCAGGAUAUCAUGCACAUGAAUGUACCGAUGUAGUUUUAUUCAGCAUGCAGGAAAAAAUAAGUGUAAAAAGCAAGUUGGAUAUCUUUUAUACUGUAUGUUACGUAUGAUUUAUUAACUGUUGCUGCACCACUGCUAUAAAAAUUGUCACUAAACUUGACAAUAAAGCUUUAGAAAUACA